GUUCAAUAAUGGAUGUAAGCUUAUCUUCAUCAGGGUGGUGUUUGUCUACAUUAAGGAGAGUUAUGAGUGACCUCGAUCUCUAUUCUGAUGGUAGAGCUAUUGGAGCUGAUCAACUAGAAGCUUACCAGGUACAACUUGAGCUUGUUCACAGAGAAUUAGCUGGUUUCGAGCUUUUCGGAGAAGAUGUUACUGAUUCACUGAGGUGUGUAAGGGGAGCUAUAUCAGAGCUACAACUGGCCCAGGAUGAGGACAACCACAGAACAGGUUAUCAAGCAUCAGCUGUACAUACAGGCUCAAAUGGAAGACCAAGAUUCCACAUACCUCGAAAUCAGUUAGCGACGCUUCUAGAAACACUAUUUACUGUGCCUCAAAUUGCUGGGAUACUUGGAGUUUCAACUAGAACUGUUCAACGCAGAAUGACUGACUAUUCUUUAAGUAUAACAAGUCUCUAUUCAGACCUUAAUGAUGAUCAACUAGACAGAGUUGUGGAAGGCAUUGUAUCAGAAUUUCCAAUGUGUGGAAAUCGUCAGAUGCAAGGUCACCUACUGGCACGUGGAAUAAGGGUUCAACAGCAUCGUAUCGGGGAGGCUCAGAGACGUGUCGACCCUGCUGGGACAGUAAUGCGUAGGCUGAGGACCAUACAACGUCGUGAAUAUCAUGUGAAUGGCCCACUAGCGCUAUGGCACAUAGAUGGCAACCACAAAUUGAUCAGGUGGAGGCUAGUUAUUCACGGGGAGUUGACGGUUAUAGUCGAACUGUCGUUUUCCUCCAAUGCUCAGACAACAACAAAGCCGAUACGGUGUUCCGCAGCUUUUCAACAGCUGUUCAGAGCUAUGGUUUGCCUAGUCGAAUUCGCUCAGAUCGAGGUGGGGAAAAUGUGUUAGUAGCAAAUUACAUGUUGCAACAUCCCGAACGAGGUCCUAGAAGAGGGUCAUUUAUAACGGGAAGAAGUGUACACAAUUCUAGGAUCGAGCGCCUUUGGCGGGAUGUUUUUCGAGGCUGUACGUGUUUGUUCUACAAUCUGUUCUAUCACUU